UCUGCGCCAGUAUGAAUUUAAACUUUUAGUUUUAGCCAGUGCUGGAUGUAAAGUAUUAUCUUGACAUUUUAGUUACUCUUUGUAAAGCUGCACUUCCGCUUCCGCUGGAAAGUCUCGCUGCCUUUUUCUUUAAUUACUCAGUAAAUCAGUUAAACAUUACCACGUGAACCACCUUUAGCGUCCAUUAAAGAGGUAACCUGCUCUUACUAUGUGUAAACAAUUCAACACGGAGGUCUGAGGUCGACAGAAAGAUCUGUGAAUGUGCACCAAUGAGAAUGAGUUGUGUCGACAAUAUGCAAAUGAACCCGCAUUUCCUUUUAGAUUUAACAGACAAAAUAGCCUAUAGAACUAAAACAACGUUAUAGAUUCAUAAGUAAUUAUACUAGUUUAACCAAACAUCCACUUAACAACAUGAGACCCGUAAAAGAUGAAAACUACCGCGGGAACAUAAAACCGUGAGUGAGACGGUUGUAUGCAGCGUUCAUAUCAGGUCUCACACCGAACAGUCAGUAUCUUCAGUGAGGUACAUCCUUACCUGUUACUCCCACCAAGGAGUAUCAGAACAUGAUGAAUGGAGACUCAUGAGAUAUGAUUAAUAUCUCCAUCUUGUAGGGAACUGCAACACCCUACAAGACCCAUUCUGACCACUAUGUGAAAAUCAAUAUAUAUGUGAUCAUUAUGCAUUAAUGAAAGCAUACUAAGAUCAUCUGGUUGUUCUGCAACUGUCUGAAAUGUUUCCCAGACAUUUAAGUAAAAGCAUCCUGGAAGAAGAAAUAAAGGAGAUCAAAUCAGUCAGCGAUUCAUUGCAGAAAGAGCUGUCCACUCUACAAACUGAAGCUUACCGACUCGAAGGAAUCCAUAAAGAAAAAGAAGAGUUGUGCAUGAAGCUGCAGUUCCAGUGUGAGGAGUCUGAGCAUGACUCUGACAGGCAGUUAAAGCAGAACAAGAAAAGUGACGAACUACUGGAACAGCACAAAUGUGAAAUCCAAGAAUUCAAGCUUAAACACCGGAAGCAACGGAUGAAGUUUGAAAACCAACUUAACCAACUGAUAGAUCAGCAUAAGAAUCUGCACUCUGUCUUUACUCCAGAAAGACUCCCAGAUGAAAUAGAGGCUGCUGAGAAUACAAACACUCAGCUGUUAUCAGCCGAACAAAUGAAGUUGGCUCAGCUGCACCGCCUUAGUGAGGAGCUAGAGGAGGUGAGGAAACGGAAGCAGCCAGCGACAGCCGCAGACACUCAGGAGGAGACAUUUUUGUAGGUAGUUUUAAAAACUCACAGGUAAUUUGUCUUGUCAGGUGAAAACCUUAAACCUCCCAAAUGUCAGCUUUCGAGGGUUGCAACCAGUAACCAAACCAGUACGGCAAGAAAAACCUAAAUGUUCAGUUGACCUCAAAGUGAAAUGAACAUUUCAUUGUUUACUCUCUCUGUUAAAGUCUAUUUUUUCUGAAUGUACUUUUAUAUUACUUGUUCUAUAAUCCAGUUUGUUGUUGGAAUUGAAGCCAAAUGUAUUCAUGAAAUCUGAAACAUUACAUUCUGUGACUGGUGAAAUGUAUUUUUCAGCAGCAUCCUGUAUGUUAUUUAAUAUAGUCUGUUUAUAUAAUAUACAUGUUGCUUAUUUAAGUGUCUUGAUAUUGUUGUGUGACUAUGAAUGAAAACAGUACAACAUUUACUGCCCUUUACAAACGUACUGUAUAUAAGUCCACACAGCCAUAUUCAACUUCAGCUUCAAAGAGAUUUAAUAAAAGACUUUUGCAGUAUUUCAAAUACAAUGUAA